ACCGUUGAUGAUGAGAAUUCUGAUUACGCCAAGACAGCUACUCCAGUUUCUACCCCGAACGAUCUUCUAGUGGGAUCGAAUAGAGUACCCCGGCACCCCAGUUUGCAUUCCUUCACUACCGUCGCUGCCUCAACGGUCACUCCCACCAACCUCUCUUCUCCCUCUUCCUCUUUCCCUCGCUCACCCUACACACACCGGCAUAGGGACAGUGAACGUCGAAGCUCUUCACCUGGAGCUAAUGGAGAGCAAUUCAAACGGUGGCCGAGGGCGAAGUGCCGGCUACCCCGUCAGCGACUGGAGGCUAUGGGUUCCGUAGAGGCAGUGGAACUCUUGGAAUCCACUUGGAAGGAGACAAAUACCUUCAAUACUACUGUUUCUGCCGGCAACAGCAACAUUGGGGACGAAGACAUUGAUAGUGAAACUCGUAUUCCCUCACCAGUGAACAAAGAGGUUGAAUUUCCUCCAGCUGUGGUUGAGAACCUACGCUCGGAGGAGCUGCGGCAGUCGGCAAUAAGUCGUGAUCCCAAACUACAGGCAAAAUUGCGGAAUCUGCACAGAGAGCUGCUACCUAAGCAGCAGCUGCAGAAGCCACAACAUCACCAACCUUAUAGGGAGAAGAGAAAUGGUCAUGCAGGCAGCACCCUUGCCACCACUGACACCGACUCCAGCGUUGGAGCGGGGGAAGACACACUCACAGUGCCCGCGGAUAAGUUCGACACCAUUCGUAAAAUUCGUCGCGGCAACACAAAGCGCCGAGUGGACGUUUUCGAAGCCCUCUGA